AUGAAGCCUGCUCAAAGCAUGCAUCAGUUAAUGGAUCAAAUUGAUGAGUAUAAGCAAGUUGAGGAGGAUCAGCAGCAAAGGAAGGGAAAGGCGAAGGACUGGGGACACACUACAAAAGAUUGUAGAACUUUACGUGACUACCUGGAACAGUUAGUCAAAAUUGGGAAGCUGAAGCAGUUCCUUCAUACUGGUGCAUAUCCACCAGGGGUUAUGUACAUAGUAAAGCCACACGCUGAGGAUUCGAUCCCUGAGUCUAAGCAAGGAAGAAUGGAAGUCCGACCAGCUUUCAGCUUUUCUGAUGAGAAUAAAAUUGGAACUUAUCAACCACAUGACAAUGCCUUAGUGGUCACCCUUCAAAUAGGGGGAUAUGAUGUGAGAAGAGUCUUGGUGGAUCAAGGCAGUGGGGUAGAGGUUAUGUAUCCUUACCUGUACAAGGGACUUAAGUUAAAACCCAAGGAUUUGGUCAGCUAUGAUUCCCCUUUGGUGGGGUUUGAUGGGAAGACAGUUAUCCCAAAGGGCCAAAUCAGACUGUCUAUUCAAGUAGGGUCAAAGGUUGUUGAAGUAGAUUUCAUUGUGGUCAACGUGUAUUCCCCCUAUACUGCUAUCAUGGCAAGAACUUAG